AAAUUAACCGGCGCAGCACUGUAUGCUGCACGGCGGGAGCCGAGAAGUUGGCGCUAAAACAGAUAGAGGGAGGAACGAAAACUGUCGAGUUUCGAACCUCCCCAUUUCCCGAAAUACCCCUAGCUACUCUUCACCGAAGGAAUCCAUCGAGGGGUGUUUCACGUCAUUUUGCAAAAGCCCUUUUGCCCAAAUACACGAUGCCCACUUCAAACAAAAGGGAAGAGAAGAAGAAGAGCCGAAAAGCUUUGUUGGAAUAGGUAAAGUCUUGUGCAGAAACCAAUAGAAAUCACAAUGGCCUCAUCAAAGGGCAACAACUGUUGGAUUCGAAGACAUCAAUGCCCUUGUGGGGAUAAUCAGUGCCAUCUCAAAGUUGAAAUGGAUGAAGGGGACACUUCGAAAGCGCUUCAAACCCCUUCAGAAGCCGAUGAUACUAAUGUCCUUCCAUAUGUAGGACAGUCGUUCCUCAGCGAUGACGAAGCCUAUGAGUUCUAUAGUAACUUUGCUAGGGAGAGUGGCUUCACAAUCAGGCGGCAUCGCACAUUAGGUAGUCAAGGGCAUCCAUUGGGCAUUUAUAGAAGGGAAUUUGUUUGUCAUCGUGCUGGUCCUGCCCUUCCCUGGAAAUCCACUGAAAUUGUACUCCAGAGAGAUCGAAAACCACCACGGUGCAAAUGUGAGGCAGGAAUGGUUGUAGCCAAGGACAUUAUAUCAGGCAUUCCUCGAUGGAAUGUUUUGCAAUUUAGUAAUGUCCAUAACCAUGAAUUAUUGGAGAAUGACGAAGUGCGAAACCUUCCCACAUAUCAUAAUAUUCCGGUUGCUGACCGUGACCGUAUUCUAGUACUCUCAAAAGCUGGGUGUCCUUUGAGUCUUAUAAUGAGGGUGCUGGAAUUAGAAAAGAGUGUUGAGCCAGGUCAUUUGCUGUUUACAGAGAAGGAUGUUAGAAAUUUCAUUCAAUCCUCUAAGAAUAUUAGACGAGAUAAUGACCCAUGGCAGCUUCUCAAGGCAUGCAAGAGAAUGAAAGACAGAGAUACAGAUUUUACUUAUGAUUUUACUUUAGAUGAGAAUCAGAGGGUUGAGAAUAUUGCUUGGUCAUAUGGAGAAUCGAUUCAUGCAUAUAAGACGUUUUGUGAUGCUGUUGUUUUUGACACAACUUACUGUUUGAAGGCAUAUCACAUGCCCCUUGGAUUAUGGGUCGGAGUAGACAACUAUGGCAAAACUUUUCCCUUGGGUUGUGCUCUUUUGCGUGAUGAACGGUCUCAUUCCUAUUCUUGGGCCUUGAAGACUUUUGUAGGAUUUAUGAAUGGGAUUUAUCCACAAACUAUCUUGACCAAUCAAGAUUUGGAGCUUAGAGAUGCCAUUUCAAGCGAACUGCCCAACACAAAACAUGCAUUUUAUAUUUGGGAUAUCAUGUCCAAGCUUUCAAGCUGGUUUUCUCAUCUUCUUGGAUCACAGUAUGAUGCUUUUGAAUCUGAGUUUCAAAGGCUAUACAACUUGGGGAGUGUUAAAGAGUUUGAGCAUCAAUGGCAGCAAAUGGCUAUUCGGUUUGAACUUAGUUUAAAUAGACAUGUUGCCUUUCUUUUCUCUCAUCGAGCAUUAUGGGCAUUACCAUACUUACAGGAUCAUUUUUUUGCCGGGACUGAAACAAUUGAGCAAUCGAAAUCAAUAAAUAUGUUCUUGCAAGAACUAUUGACUGUGCAAACACAUUUGAAAGACCUUGUUACGCAGGUGGGUAUCAUCGUUGAUUCUAGAAAUCAGGAACGGAAAGACGCCACUAUGCAACAAAGGUCCCUUCGUAUCAAUCUUAAAACAAGCAUGCCCGUCGAAGAACAUGCUUCGACUAUUCUUACACAUUACGCCUUCAAGAUGCUGCAAAACGAGAUUGUGUUGUCCCUGCAAAAUAUGGCGCUCAAAACGGCCAAUGGGUCUUAUUCCGUGAUGCACAUGAAGACGGAUGGGGAGCAUGCAGUGGUGAACUGGCAGCCGUCAGAUCAAGUGGUCCACUGUACCUGUAAGAAGUUUGAGUUCUCAGGGAUCUUAUGCAGGCAUGCCAUUCGGGUGCUCCACGUGAAGAAUAAUUUCUCACUUCCAGAAAGAUAUCUUCCGAGUCGAUGGCGUUGUUACAGCUCAUCAGUUAAAAAGAAAAACCAGAAUGUGGACGGUAGUGAUAAUGACCAUUUUCAGUCAUUGCAUUCCCUUGCUACGACCCUUUGUCAAGAAUCAUCAAUGACAGAGGAUUGUGUUGAGUAUGUUAGGGAACAAAUGAUGAGUCUCCUUAAUCAUGUUAGAGGCAUGCAAUCCAAUGGUGAUGCCGCUUCGAAUUUGGUAGCUGGUCCACCUAUUGUUCCAAGAGCAGAGGGCGUGUCAAAUGGAAGUGAGCAUAGCUCUGUUGGGAACCCUCAGCCAGAAAACGAAGGUGCUGAAAUAGUGAAAAAGCCUAGGCACUGUCACUGGCUUAAUUGCCGUCAAACUGGUCAUGAUUCGAGGAAUUGUCCAUUGAAGAGAAUUCACAUUUUGCCUGAGUCUCCCAGCAAUGACCGAAGCUUUCUUGGAGAGAUUAUUCAACCGAUUAGUAAGAGAGAACCGGAAGGAGCAUGUUUUGGAGGGGUUGAACCAGCAAUAAAACCUAGGUACUGCCAGGUGCCUUCUUGCGGCCAAACUGGUCACGAUUCAAGGAACUGCCCAUUGAAGAAAAUUCUGCUUUCAUCUCAUCCCAACAUCUUUGUUGAAAGUUCUCCUCUGUUGGGUGCCAACAGACAGCUAGAAGGUAAAAUAUUAGAAGAGGGGAACAGAAUAGCAAAGAAACCUAGGUAUUGCCAUGUGCCAUCUUGCGGUGGAACUGGUCAUGAUUCGAGGAACUGUCCGUUAAAGAAAAAGACUUGAAUAGCUGUCCUCCCUCGACCUCUAAUCAAGAAUGGUCCAGGUGGGACCCACUUUUUGGUAACCGGAAGUGCUGAAUAUCUUCCCCUAUUAGAUGAUCCUACCCAUCGUCUAAUGGGGGUGAUUUCAGAUGGUUAGGAUCACUUUUUGGGGAAGAGUUUCAGGGCUGAUUCAUCCAUAUGGAUGGCCUGAAUCCAAAAGGUUGAUCCUUCAUGUAUGGUUUCUUGGGGCCGAGCAAAAGCUCAAUUGGGUAUUUUAUAUUUCCUCAUUUAAGUGA